AUGCUGUUCUUCUCGUUUUUCAAGACACUGGUCGGUUCCGAAGUCACGGUGGAGCUCAAGAACGACAUCAGUAUUCGCGGGACCUUGAAGUCGGUCGACCAGUUCCUCAACAUCAAGCUCGACGAUAUUCACGUGCUGGAAGAGUUGAAGUAUCCGCAUUUGAGCUCAGUGAAGAAUGUCUUCAUUCGGGGCAGCGUUGUGCGAUACGUACACCUGCCAGCAGCAGCGGUAGACACUCCGUUGCUCGAAGACGCUACACGACGAGAGGCAUCACAAUCGGCAGUGAAGGCCAAGUGA